CUAUACAGUUUACAGCAAAUAAUAAUAAAGUCUAUGUUUCAUGAUCAAAACGUUGCAUGCAACUUAAACAUACAAAUGGUAUGAACGUUUGAAAGAAAACAAAUUGAACCACUUUUAAAUUCUUAUGUCCCUUCUUAUUGCAAUGAACAAGAACAAUCGGACUAACGAAACAAACUCCGAGUUUAUGAAACUAAUAAUACUUUUGUUCAUGUCUUCACAUCGGUCAAUGCGUUUUGUUUGAUAGACACGACUAUAAGAGAUGCUUCCUGGUGAGCGCGUUCAAUUGUGACAUAGAACAGAAUCCGAAAGAACGCUAGUAUCACUUCCGCGCGACUGCCGUCUGUAUAACUGAAGUGCUUUGCUGUUUAAUAUUGAUUGAGCGCAAAUACGAAAAAUCUGAACGAAAGGAUAUUCAACGAGGAUACAUUCAGAUUUUCUCUCCGCGCUGUCGUUUGCUUGCAGAACCAGAGUGAAACUGUCUCAGAGCGCCUUACAACUGGGUCUGAGACACGAAAGUCACGUGCGGGAUCACGUCGUCUGCUCUUCCGGUGGACCGCAGAAUGCACCUGGUGGGCAAGGUGGCGUUGGUGACGGGCGGUGCCUCGGGAAUGGGACGUGGUUUCGCUGAGGCGCUUCUUAAAGCUGCAGCUAAGGUCUGUAUUGCCGACUUCAACGCAGAGACGGGUGUGGCCACGGAGUUGGAUCUCAGACAACAGUACGGACACGACAACGUCAUGUUCUCUAAGUGUAACAUCACGUCUGCGACGGAGUUUGAGGCUGUGUUCAAACAGACAAAAGAGGCGUUCGGUGGGAUCGAUAUAGUCGUCAAUAACGCUGGAAUAGGAGGGGAAACGGACGAGAAGUGGGAACAAACUGUGAAUGUUAACAUGAAAGGGACCCUACGUGGACUGCGACUCGCCAUGUACUAUCUCAGUGUAGAGCAUGGAGGCCGCGGGGGCUGCAUUGUCAACGUGGCCAGCAUGGCAGGUUUGAAUCCGAACCCAUUCUCGCCUGUGUAUGGCUGCACUAAGGCAGGAAUCAUUCACGCUACACGAUGUUAUGCAGUAUCCGAGGCGGCCAAAAAGUCAAACAUCCGACUCAACGUGAUGUGUCCGGCGUUCGUAGACACGCCCAUGUUUAGACAGAUGGCGGCGGGGGACGCUUCCCAGACUAUCGGCGGGGACCAGACAGCCGUGAACGCGUUCAUUGAGCGCAUUGGAGUACUCAGCACAGAAGAUGUGUCGGCGGCAUUAAUUGACAUUCUCACGGAUGAAACGAGAAACGGGUUGAUUUUGCGUUGCGCGAAGAAGACUGGGAACGUUUACAGCACGCUUACUGUACAAGACGUGUAACAUAAUUUCAUGCAUCGUGUAACGGAACAAAUCGUUUACUUAACAGCGGCAGUGCAAUGGAGCAGCGGAUUUGCGUAUCGUUUAUGGGACAGAACCUAUUGUUGUGUACAACCGAAAAAUGGACGUGUAACCGAACAAUGAGAUAAGAAGGCAAUCGAAAAACGGACGUAUACAAAACAUCGGUUGUUGGGGAAUAUAAGUACAUUCUGGGUGCUGUUAAUUUGUUCAUGUGUAUAACAUUCGUGUACAGGUUGAAGUCAUUCAACUAAAGCGAAUCAUGACAGCUCGCAUAUGAUGACCGUUAUGACCACGAAAACCAAGCUGGCGUCCAUAAGUACCAGGUCACAACAUGCGCUCAAAUCCUUGCAGAAACUUAAUAAAUAAGCGAGAAGGGUGAGAAGGAUCCACAUUUCAAUAGUAUUGCCAUCAAUAUCUCGUUAAUUGAACGGAAAAGCAUACACUAUGUGCCAACUGGCAGGGCUGGAAAAAAAAAAGAUAUAUUGUAUGUAGUCUUUGACCAUUAUUUGUGUGUUUACAGAGUUCAUGAAUUCAUAUUGUACAGAGAGAACAUAUCGUUUUAGGAAAAUCUAACGGUAGGUGCAUGUAAAAUGUAUUGAACAAAAAUAACAAGUUGCGAGUCUUGCUUUUAUAUUUUAAUUUGUUCAAUGCAUAUGUCAACAGUAAGAAAUACUUUAUAUACCCAUUUGAUUUGUACAUUAAUGUAUAAGUUCUAUCGUAUUUAAACUGUUCAUUGAAUUGCCAUUAGUAGUAAGUAAUUGUUUUGGAAUUGAUUAAUCAUUGUAUGUGAAUAGUGUACUCUUACACAUUUGUUAACAGAAAUAACUUCAAUAGUACACACUCCUAUAUAAAUGACUGUUUUAAAGAAAGAAAUAGGUGCAUUAACGAUUUCUUAAUUCGGAAAAGCUUAACUUAUGUUCAUACAAAAAUGUAUUUUACUAGCGCGCUAGUGCUCCAAUUUACAGCAAUCAUUGUCUUAACUUUGAUUAUUUUAUUUUUAAAGAAAGAGUAGCACUUACUUUCUACCUGUUAGUAUUGUGAAUAGUGAUAAUAGAAUUAUAUUUUAUAUAAUGAUAUGCAAACAUUUGCAAUAUCUCUUAUAGCUCAACAUCAUGAGCGGUUAUAUACAUAAUGUUUUAGUGUGAAUAUGUGUCUCUGUUAUAAAUAUGUAAUGUAUGUAUAUAAAUGAGAAUAAAGAAUGAAACUACAAUUGUAACACACCAACAAAAUAAAUACAGGUAAUGAACAAAAGCGAUUUUAGAUAGUAUGUCUUCUUCACGCAGCCGAGGCGAACUUCGUUAAGUCUUAACUUUUAAAGGGAUUUGUUAAAAUAUUUUGGCAUUUGUUGUGUAGAUUAUCAUUAACUUUUUUAAGUUGAUAAAUGUAAACAUCAUAAUUUUAUGAGCCCGGCUAUAAAACAUAAAUAUAAUUUAAGAAAAAAUAAAUACUCUGAGGCUGAA